AUGAGGAAUGUCCACAAACAUUACCCUCUGCUGCACGUAGCAUUCGGCUCUGUCGUCCGCGUCCACAACAAAGCGAUCGCUGUCUCAUGCUUCAUCGAUGACUGCCGAGCCAACGCACAUGGUCCCUUCCCAGUGUACUUUCAAGGGAUGCGAGGUCUACAGAUCCAUGUCCGGCAGUCGCAUCCAGGCUACGAAGGCUUGAGCUUGGAGCAAGUGGCAAGGAGAUGUACGAAGGUUGAGCUGAGCGCGGAGGAUGCUUUGCUUGUUGAGCGUGGGCGGCCACCUAAGACCCCGAUCGACUAUGUGUUUAAGGAUGGAAUGCGAGUGGAGGGGCUGCGGGCUAAGAGUGUUACGGUUGUUGAGCAGGCCCCUCCGGCGAAGCGCAGGAAGGUCGUGGAGGACGACAGCGACGACAGCGACGACAGGAAAUGGCUGGAGUCACCUUAA